AUGAUCACCUAUCUCCGAAUGAAAGCUCAGAUGUCAGAGCCUGAAUCUUCAUUGCUGAACAUGUUAGUUCAAAGACAUCACCAGGUAGACCCCUCUGCCUACGUAGAUUACAAGUUUUCUGCAGGAGCUCACCAAUUCAAAUCUGCCAAGAAUCCAGAUCAGGGGGAAACGAAAGAUCAGGAUGAAAGGAAUGAUCAAGAAAGGAAGAAUCAGAAGAAGGGGGAGAAUGAGAAAAUAAAUGGGGAUCAGGAGAAAGAAGAGCAGGAGAAAUAUGAUCGAAAGCUCCUGGAGUUAGAGUCCCUAUAUUCAUUUCUAAAAGACUUUGGGGGAUCGCCCAUGAUCACCCAUCUCCGAAUGAAAGCUCAGAUCUCAGAGCCUGAAUCUUCAUUGCUGAACAUGUUAGUUCGAGGACCUCACCGGCUAGAUCCCACUGCCUACGUAGAUUACAAGUUUUCUGCAGGAGCUCACCAAUUCAAAUCUGCCAAGAAUCCAGAUCAGGAGGAAACAAAAAAUCAGGAUGAAAAGAAGUAUCAGGAAGAAAGGAAGGAUCAGGAGGAGGAUGAGAAGAAAAAUGGGGGUCAGGAGAAGAAAAAUCAGGAGAAAGAUGAAAGAGAUCUCCACCGAGCAUGCUCUAUAACCUACGCCGCUUGCACGUUUUCUGCUGGAGCUCACCAAUACAAAUCUGCCAAGAGUUCAGAUCAGGAGGAGGAGAAAGAUCAGAAGAAGAAGAAAGAUCAGGAGAAGAAGAAAGAUCAGGAGAAGAAGAAAGAUCAGGAGGAUACAGAGGAUCAGGAGGAGAAGAAAGAUCAGGAGGAUACAGUGGAGAGGGAGGGGAGGGAAGAUCAAGAGGUAAAGGACCCGGAGAAGGGGGAGGAUGAGAUGAAGAAUGGGAAUCAGGAGAAGGAAGAUCAGGAGAAAGAUGAUAGAGAGCUCCACCGAGAGAGAGUGCUGAAAGAAAUAGAAAAGGAGAUUGAAAAGAAGAAUGCUACUAGCUGGGUUGCUCAAAGACUACUGAAAAUGUAUAAAGUAGAUACAUCUAGAUCUAAGAUAGAUUGUAAAUGUCUAGUAAAGUAA